GCAACAUUGCAUUGUAUCACUUGUGUCAUACACAUUGUGUUUUUGUUUUUUCGCCGCGGUUCGCAGUGUUUCAUAGCUUCGAAAUUAAAAUAAAGUUUAAAUACAGUCGAAUAGAAGUAAAUAUAUAGAGGUUUUGGGAAUAUAAUUUAGUAGUUACAAAAAUAAACAAUCAAAAUGGCGUCAAUUGCAGCAGCCCAAGUACAAGAAGUGCGUUCCAUAACUCGCAUUGAAAGAAUUGGCGCUCAUUCUCACAUAAGAGGACUCGGUUUAGAUGAUUCCUUGGAGCCAAGAGCAGUAUCUCAAGGAAUGGUGGGCCAGAAGAUGGCUAGGAAAGCCGCUGGCGUUAUUUUACAAAUGAUUCGAGAAGGAAAAAUAGCAGGGCGAGCUGUUCUCUUAGCUGGUCAACCUGGAACUGGGAAGACGGCUAUUGCAAUGGGCCUUGCACAGGCCUUAGGUCCUGACACACCAUUCACAAGUAUGGCUGGUUCAGAAAUUUACUCCUUAGAAAUGAGUAAAACAGAAGCAUUGACCCAGGCUAUAAGAAAAUCAAUUGGCAUAAGAAUCAAAGAAGAAUCAGAGAUUAUAGAGGGGGAAGUGGUGGAAGUAGUAAUAGAGAGAGCGGUUGGCACUGGGGGUGCUCGUGUUGGUCGGCUCACUCUCAAGACAACUGACAUGGAGACCAAUUAUGACAUGGGCACCAAGAUGAUUGACUCUCUACUUAAAGAAAAGGUACAAGCAGGUGAUGUAAUUACCAUAGACAAAGCAACUGGCAAGAUAAACAAACUCGGCAGAAGUUUUGCUCGUGCCAGAGAUUAUGAUGCUACAGGUCACCAAGCUCGCUUUGUGCAAUGUCCAGAAGGAGAGUUGCAAAAGCGUAAAGAAGUUGUUCACACAGUGACCUUGCAUGAGGUUGAUGUCAUUAAUUCAAGGACGCAUGGAUUCCUGGCUUUAUUCUCUGGUGAUACGGGUGAGAUUAAGUCUGAAAUCCGCGAGCAGAUCAACAGCAAGGUAGCGGAGUGGAGAGAGGAGGGCAAGGCGGAGAUGAUACCUGGAGUACUUUUCAUUGACGAAGCACACAUGCUAGAUAUAGAGUGCUUCUCUUUCCUGAACCGCGCGUUAGAGCAGGAGACGGCGCCUAUUGUGAUGAUGGCGACCAACCGCGGCAUCACCAGGAUCAGAGGCACGAAUUAUAAGAGCCCGCAUGGCAUACCUCUGGAUCUGUUGGACAGGAUGAUCAUAGUGCCCACAACGCCUUACUCACAACAGGAGUUGAAGGAGAUACUUAAUAUUAGAUGUGAGGAAGAGGACUGUCAGAUGUCGGGAGACGCGCUGACGGUGUUGACGCGUGUGGCCACGGAGACCUCGCUGCGAUACGCCAUACAGCUCAUCACCACAGCCUCACUCGUCGCCAAGCGCAGGAAGGCCACAGAGGUGAGCAUGGAAGAUGUAAAGAAAGUGUACUCGUUGUUCCUGGACGAGCACAGGUCGGAGCAGUUCUUGAAGGAAUACCAGGAUGAGUUCAUGUUUGAUGAUGGAGCAGGUGACGCGCCACAACAAAUGGAAGUGUCACAGUAAAAUGUUGCCAUAU